AGCAGGAGUGAGUAAAAAAGAAAGAAGGGGGUAAAAAGAGAGGGUGUUUAUGAAAGACAAGCACAAAAGCAGAGAAAGAGUAAGAGAGAGCAGUUCUUACAAGCGCCUCUGCUUUCUGGUGUGUGUGUGUGUGUGUCAGAGAUUUGUGGUGGGACUGUGCCUUGAUCUUGGGCUACUGCAGUAAAAGCGUGAGGAGGAGGCAAGAGAGGAGAGUGCUGCACUCUGGAAUUCUCCAUAGGAAAGAGGAAUAACACCAAUCCAGCUCCACAGAUAGCAUCGGACUUGAAAUACCUAACGAGAUUUCAACGGCUUCCACAUCUCUGGCCUUAUGCAGAAAACUCUGAGCACACCUGAUUUAGACUGGACCAGGCUGUGUAUAAUGUACAGUCGCUGAUCUCUGAGAUGGCCGUGUGGGCCCGACAGGCCCAAACAUCCCCCCUGCAGUGCUGCCUCUACUUUAUCCAGGUCCAGCGUCCCACCCUGUGUGUCUGAUCGGCCCAGACCUUCUAACACCCACCCUGGGCUUCCCUCUCAUCGGGCCACCUGGCUUCACUCCGGGUCCACCAUGGGAGGAUGCCUCUCCAAACCCAAACCAGUAGAGGUCAAAGUUGAGCUCACUCUUUUGGACAAAGAGAAGGAGGUGGACCUGAUGUCUCUUAAUGGAAAGGCCAGUCCAUUUUCAGAAUGCAGACUCAACGGAUCUCUGGGACACUGUUCAGACGAGGACACCAUGACACUGCAGCCACAUCGUAAACACAGAGAUUACAUAGAAGCAUCUGUCUGCCAUGUAAAAGACCUUGAGAAUGGACAAAUGCGUGAGGUGGAUUUGGGGGCAGGUCGUGCUCUGCUCAUUAAGGAACAUGGAGAAUUCUUUGCCAUGGGACACAAGUGCCCACAUUACGGUGCUCCACUGGUCAAAGGUGUGCUAUCAAAAGGACAUGUGCGAUGUCCAUGGCAUGGGGCAUGUUUUAACAUCACUACGGGUGAUAUUGAGGAUUUUCCUGGCCUAGACAGUUUGCCUACCUUCCAGGUCAGAGUCGAAAAGGAGAAGGUGAUAAUAAGAGCAAACAAGCAGGCUCUUCAGACUCAGCGGCGGUCAAAGGCCAUGUCAAAAUGUUCAGCUGUCAUCAAUUCCAGCACUGGAUUCAGCCAUGUUCUCAUUAUUGGAUCAGGUCCUGCUGGUCUGGUGUGCGCUGAGACUCUGAGGCAGGAGGGUUUCACUGACCGUAUAGUCAUGUGCACCAUGGACAAACAUCUGCCUUACGACAGGCCUAAACUGAGUAAGUGUUUAGAGAGCACAGCACACCAAACUAUGAUAUUUUUGGUACCGUUACUGAAAUGACACUGAAAAUCGCCAUAUGUUUCUUCACAGGCUGUCUCUGUGGAUGUGAAGACACGGACUGUGACAUUUCGGGAUGGUUUUAAAAUAGAGUAUCGAAAACUCUUCAUUGCCACAGGGAGCAGACCCAAACCUCUGAGCUACAAAGGCAAAGACGUGGGAAAUGUUUUUCACCUCAGAACACCAGAAGAUGCAAACAGCAUCGCGACACUUGCCAGCAGUAAGAAUGCCCCUCUGAUAAUGAUUAUAUGCACUGUCCUGUGUUCAGGUAUGGAGGUGGCCGCAGCUCUCACAGAUAAGGCUCACUCAGUGUCUGUGAUCGGCAUAGAGGCCGUGCCAUUCCGUAAAGCAUUUGGAGAGAAAGUGGGAAAAGCCUUGAUGAAGCUGUUCGAGUCAAACAGGGUGAAGUUCUACAUGUUGAACGAAGUGUGGGAGAUGCGAGGGCAUAAUGGACAGUUAAAAGAAGUGGUUCUAAAAAGUGGCAAAGUCUUAAGAGCUGACGUCUGUGUUAUUGGCAUAGGUUCCAGUCCAGCCACAGCAUUCCUGAAGCAGAGCGGAGUGCACAUGGACUCCAAAGGAUUCAUCCCAGUCAAUAAGACCAUGCAGACGAACAUUGACGGUGUCUUCGCUGGGGGUGAUGUGGUAACAUUUCCUCUAGCUUUACGUAGCAAUAAGAAGGUGAACAUACCCCACUGGCAAAUGGCUCACGUACACGGCAGAGUGGCUGCCCUUAGCAUGAUGGGAAAGGCUUCAGACAUUAAAACGGUGCCUUAUUUUUGGACAGCAAUGUUUGGGAAAAGCAUACGAUAUGCAGGUUAUGGAGACGGCUUUGAUGAUGUCGUCAUCCAGGGAGAUUUGGACGAGCUGAAAUUUGUGGCAUUCUACACAAAGAGUGAGGAGGUGGUGGCUGUGGCCAGUAUGAACUAUGACCCCAUUGUGUCACGGGUUGCAGAAGUCUUUGGCUCUGGAAAGACGAUUAGGAAACGUGACGUGGAGUAAGAAUAUUUCUAUUUUUCACAAAAAACAACAGAUG